GGGUUCAAUCCCCGGCCCCGCCUGUGUGGAGUUUGCAUGUUCUCCCCGUGCCUGCGUGGGUUUUCGCCGGGCACUCCGGUUUCCUCCCACAUCCCAAAAGCAUGCAUUAAUUGGAGACUCUAAAUUGCCCGUUAGGUGUGACUGUGAGUGCAAAUGGUUGUUUGUUUGUAUGUGCCCUGCGAUUGGCUGGCAACCAGUUCAGGGUGUACCCCGCCUCCUGCCCGAUGACAGCUGGGAUAGGCUGCAGCAUGCCCGCGACCCUAGUGAGGAGAAGCGGCUCAGAAAAUGGAUGGAUGGAUAUAUAUAUAUAAGAUGCAUAACAAAUAUUAGUGUAGUUAAUACUUGUUUAUUGCUGCAUUUAACUUAAAACUUAUAUUCAGUGAGCCAGUGAGUAAGUGUAUUCAAUCUAAUAACCUUGGUGUAUUGUGUUUCCGGAAUGUUUGUUAACUCGUGUCAGUGAGUGAACUGAUGGAACUGAAUCAUCCAAGUUUGCUAACUCGAGUCAGAAAUAAUCAAACUAGAGCCAAAGAAUCAAAUAGUACGUGGCCCAAGUGUUUCUGGUGAGUCCACUAACUUGAGUCGAGAGUGUUUUCAUUGAGUCUUCUAACUCAAGUCAUUGAGUUAGUGCAUUCCACUUAAUCCCUGAGUCAAACUAACUUGAAAUCAUCCCUCUGCUGUGUUUCAUGUGAGUCUUCUAACUUCUGUUCAGUGAGUGGACCGUUUCAACUGAGUCAUCUGAGCCAACUAACUCGUGGCAGUGAGCAAAAUCAUUCAAGUCCUAUUUUAUGUUGAGUUUUCUAACUCAAGUCAGUGUGUAAACUGAUAAAUCUAAAUCCCAGAGUCCAUUAUCCGAGUCAGUAAAGAAAAUCAUACGAGUCUGCAGUGUUUCUGUUGAUUCCGCUAACUCCAGUCAGUGAGUCAGCUAAUUCCUUGGAAUCAGUGAAACGAAUAAUCUGAGUCCGAAGUUUUUUUGUUGAGUCUUCUAACUCCAGUCAGAGAAUGAGCUACUUCCACUGAAUCUCCUAACUUGAGUCAGUGAUUGUCCCGAUUCAACAAGUUUUCUGAGUCUGCAAUGUUUCCGGUGAGUUUGCUGAUUGAGUCGGUGCAUGAACAGAAUCAUCUGAGUACCCAAUGUUUCUGGUUUGUCCAAUAACUCAUGUCAGUGACUGAACCGAAAAAAAGGGAAUCUUCUCAGUCUGCUGUGUUUUGCUUGAGCCUAACUGAGUAAGUGAACUGAAUCAUGUGAGUCGUUGUGUAUUUAGAUCAGCUGCCAGGAUGUCGUCCCGAUGCCCAAAUGAGUUGUGUGUGAUAUGCGGAGUAGCUCUUCAGGGCAACCAAAGGCGUUGGUUGUUUGGGGGCCAACACAAGAAGCUUAUUCGGCCUCAGACCCCCAUAAGGUCCCUGAGAGGAGGAAGCCUGUCAGGGUCCUCGCCAAGCACUCCCUGGGGCAGUAUGUCCUCUCUGUGCUCGUCAUCUUCUCUGUCCAAGUCCCAGCUGUCCCUCAGCUCUCCAUCCAAAUCCUUGGACCUCCUUUCGAUUCUGACGCAUAUCCUGGGAGGACCGGUGUCUCGCGGCGUCAGCCGCGGGGAGUUCACGUGCGGCAAGUGCAGCGGAGUCCUGGAGCGCGUCUUCAGGUUCGACACGGUCAUCGCCAGGGUGAGGGCGCUGUCCUCGGAGAGGCUCAACAAGCUGACCCAUGAGCGAGACCGCGUCCGGCGUUGGGUGCGAAGCAACUACGUCCGGAGGCACCCUCGGGAGCAGAACGAGGAAGAGGAAGCGGGAGGAGACCAGGACAAGGAUGACUACAGAGACAUGCUGAAGGACAACAUGGCUCUGGCAGAGUACGAGUGCUGGUCGGACAAGUGGGACAUGUGCCCGUACUUUAUACGAACAGGUAAAAGGUGCCAAAAGGGUCAAAACUGCGAAGGCUGCGACUCUUUGCGCGUAUCCGACUCGGAUUACGAGUCGGUGUGCGGCGUACCUCGCCGAAUGCCAUAUCAGCCCUUCUCUCCUCUGCCUCUGUCGCGGGACAAAUCCCAGAGCAUGCCACUCCACUGGUACCGAAUCCCGUCCACCUGCUCCAGUCCUGGCUCGCUGGCGGCAUCCACCUUCUCCCUGCGGACCCCAUCCCUCCAGUCUCUGGACUCCCUGGACGGCUGCGACCCGUCGGACUCGCCCGGCUACCGGUCGAUCAGUUCGGUCCUCAGGGAGAUCCGACGUCUAAGAGGGAGGCCGGUCAGCUCGCCGGUGGGGAGCAGGAUUCCCGUCCUGGCUGGGAGGAACAAGAGAAGAAGUUCUAGUGAGAUGACGUCACCUGUGGUAAACAGGAACUUGAGCUUUGAGGAGAAUGGCGGUCACCACACUGGAGAGGAGGAGGAUGACGAUGUUCUGAUGGAGAUGAAGGAUGAGUUCUUGCCUCUGCAUCAGCAGAGUGCCUCCCGCAGGCUCCAUCAGGUGGUCAGGCACUUGCGAGGGCAGCUUGAUCAGGCCGAGGCCCGGGUCAGGACCCUGGAGGCCCACCUGAAACCCGGGAUACCCCAGGAUGAUGAUGCUACCAAGGAUUGGACGCAUAUUGUGCGUAAGGAGGACUGUGCCUCCCUACUGCCUGGCCUGGCUCGUUCCCUGCACAGUCGGGAUCGGCUCAUCCAGGAGUGCAUGAGUGUGAUCAGGAGAGUUUGUUUGGAGGGAGGAGGAAAAAGCCAGCUUGCAGACGAGAUCGCCAACAAACUCAGCGAGAACCUGAAAGAAAUUGUCAGCGACAACAAGGGUGCCUUGGAGAGUUUGGUGCAUGAGUUGGUCGAGAAAGAAAGGCGUCUGGAAGAAGAGGUGGCUUCCUUGAGGAAGGCAGCAGGAGACCGCGAGAAAGAUCUGGACACGCUCAACAUGGUGCUGCAGUGCAACCAGGACAUCAUUGACGACCUGCGCGCGGCACUGGGUGAGAAACAGCGCCUCCUCCAGGAGCUGGAGACUGAGAGGGAGGUAUGGAGGCAGAGGGACCGGGCCCUCGCUGCCACCAUGCGAGAGAAGGACGAACUGGUCCGCGUCCUCAAGGUGGAGCUGGAGAGCAGUAUGAAAGAUGUUCAGGCUCUCUCAGACUCUGUGAUUGGCCAAGGCUUGUUGGGGGGCGGGGCCGAGGCCUCCCUGGCCUCCCAGCUUCAGGAGAAGCAGAGCCACCUGGCCGCCUUGUUGGAGGAGAGAGAGACACAGAGCGCCACCUUGUGCCAGGAGGUCACCAAACUCACCGCCGCCCUGCAGGAGUACCAGAACGUCGUUCAGAGUCAGCAGGAGAGCUACGAACGGACGACGUCCUCUCUAACGGCUCGACUGACGGACGCUAGGCGGGCGCUGCGCAACGAAGAGCGGCGCAGGAAAGAGGCCGAGAGAACGGGACACAACCAGCGAGAGGAUGGUGAGAGGGCCGAGAGGAAGCUGAGAGACAGUCUGGAGAAGAGGGACCAACUCAUACAGCAAAUCCUCCAAGACGCUGAGGAGCGUGACCGUCAGUUGGAGGAACUUCAGCACAACUUGCAGAAGAGACGUGACGAGUACGUGUCUGCCGUCAAACACGCUCUGUGAGCGGUGUGGAAAUGAACCACCUUGCACUUUUAGAGCGGUACUACUUGUUGUAGCGGGUAUUUAGUUCUAUUUAUCUCUACAGGUUUGCACUUUUACCUGCCAGGUUCUGGUACGGCAUGUAGAUAGUAUGGAUGUCUCAGACCUCGAAAAUCAGCCAAUAUGGAGACGCUUAAUUUAGAAAAUUAGCAAAUCACUGUUAUUUAAUGUUCAUACUACUUUCUUUGGAAGGCCGUGUGUUAAAUCGGCUUUUUUGUUUUGUUUGGAGUUAUGCACCAAAAGGAUCUUUUUAAAGAGCUACUUUGGUCCUUUGCUUUUAUAAUUGGCAUGUUUCUGUGUCUUUUGUUUUUCAAUGUUCCUUCUUGAAUGAAUGUAAUGUCUGGGAAGUUAGUGUAUUUUUUUUAGUUCAAGAGAAUUAAACGCUCUGAUCCAAAUGG